UCGUCUCUUGGUGGUAUUUAUGGUGCGGUGAGGCGGAUCAUUCAUUUCCGUUACUCUGAAGACAAUCAGCCGGUGUGUGUGUGUAUGUAUGUGUGUGUGAGACCUGAGGCCCGGUGUAUUCCUCCACAGACAGUUUGAUAGAAAAUGGAGUGUGUGCCUUUAAGGCGCCCGACUGCCUGUCGCUUUCUGCUGCGGAGAGACUGACGCCCUCUGGACACAGUGGACACUUGAGCGGCGGCAGAACACCAUCCUGGAGAAGUUCAAAGAGAAAACAGCCACACUACCUCUUAAAAAGAAGAGUCGCAAACUUGCAAACAGCGUUGUGGUGUUUCCAGUGCCGUGCUGGUGAGCCAUCAGGAUGAGGCCUGGUCUGCUGAUCCUCCCCGCCGCCGCCGCUCUCCUCUUCCUCCUAUCAGGGCUGUCUCUGACCUCUGGCUGCAACAAAGCCCUCUGCGCGAGCGACGUCAGCAAGUGUCUCAUCCAGGAGCUGUGCCAGUGUCGCCCGUCUGAUGGGAACUGUUCAUGCUGUAAAGAGUGCAUGCUGUGUCUGGGGAACCUUUGGGAAGAGUGCUGCGACUGCGUGGGGAUGUGUAACCCCAAGAACUACAGCGACUCUCCAGCCACGUCGAAGAGCACUGUGGAGGAGCUGCACCGCCCCAUCCCCUCGCUGUUCCGCGCCCUCACAGAAGGCGAACCGCCAAUCAACAUGAUGGUGGUGUCCUUCCCUGUCGCCGAGGAGCUCUCCCAUCACGAGAACCUGGUGUCCUUUCUGGAGUCCCUCGACAAUCAUCCCCAAAACGUGUCCUUGCCUGGCAACACCAUCCAUGCCAGCUACGAGACUCAAGAAAACAUGUGCACAGUGGUCUACUUUGACGACUGCGUGUCGAUCCGUCAGUGUAAACAAUACUGUGAGUCAAUGGGAGGAUCCAAGUACCGCUGGUUUCACAACGCCUGCUGCCAGUGCAUCGGACCUGAGUGUGUGGACUACGGCAGCAAGGCUGUAAAGUGCAUGAACUGUCUCUUCUGAAGUGCGGGCACAUAUUGGUACCAAAUGUCUGGGCCAUACCAGAAGACUGAGGGCAGAGGAAACUAUGACUGUUAUGUGUUAGCAUUCCUCAGUUACCUUGUAAAAUACCCCCUAGACCCCUCCCCCUACCCCUGCAAUUGUUUUUAUUCUGCUGUUAUGCUGUAUAUUUUUAGAUAUGUUUUCAAUAGUGUUUUUUUUACUAGAGAUGUAUAUGAAUAAUGUAUUUUUACAAGUAUGGUCUGCUAAAUCCCAGUCUCGUGCCAAAUAAAGAAAAGUUUGGUGACAUGGA